AUGACAUCGCAAACGGAGGAUUCGCCUCUUCCUCAGCUUCCUCCGUAUCCUGAUCGCACUGUUCAGCCUACAUCUACAAAUACUACUGCGGCCACUUCUUCCGGAUUGUUGACUGCGACUCUCUCAACUCCUGCCAGAAUGGUAGUUUCUGGUGGCCCUACUCAAAGGAAGAUGGAUAACGAGCAACGCAGCCGCCGGGCGACUAGUGCACUUUCGAUGGAUGACAUUGAGGCGGCCCAGGCGCUGGAAGGCCUUCGAUCAGAUUUUGUUCACUCUCCAGCAUCGUCUCGUGGUAUGGACCCGUCCUCCCAGCCAACAAUACCUCCGCCUGGACAGCAGCGACAACAACCUCCAUCUCCGGAGCCAUUACUAUCACUCCUCACAUCAUCUCACCCCCUUCUUUCUUCCGCCAUAAACAGCUCCGUUUCUGUCUAUACGUCAUCCAAGUCUUACUCUCCAAGGUUCAAAUACGGAGCUGAAUUUUUGGAGCGAAACAUCGGAUCUCCUGUGGUGAAAAAAGUUGGCUCCGUCGGCAAGAAGACUGGUGUCGAAGGGGGCAUUCGUUGGGCACUGCAAAGGCGUCGGGCUGGUGACGACACUGCUGCCGAUUCAGAGAAUCCCGACAAACGGCGGAAGAUUCGAAAUACCAGCACAGACAUGAUAGACGUAGAGAGAGGGAUGGCAGAGCUAACCCCAUCCCACACAAGGAGAUCGUCCACUGCAGAAUCCCUCCCGCCAUAUGACGAUCUUUCAUCUCCGAAUUAUGAAGAGCUGGCCCGGUUGGAUAAAAAAGCUUCAAACAACAACCAAUCUACGUGGCAAAGCCGACUUAUGAUCUCUACCUCUGGUCUUGGCGUUGCCAUGAGCGAAGAAUCCCUACGCAGCUUAACUUAUUGUCUAAGCUGGCUUCGAUGGGCGAACGGUCGUCUGGGUAAUUCAAUAGUAUCCCUGAAAAAGGUUCUUGAAGAGUACGACUCUUCAAAGAAGGAUCAGUCGUUGGACGACGCUGCGAAUGCCGAGGAUAGAUCACGUAAUUCCACACGCCUUUUAGAGCAGAUACAACAAGUGAAAGGAGAUAUAUUACGCACCCUCAGACAAGUGGUGGAUGUGGUUUCUAAAUAUGCGGGUGGCGCACUUCCCGAAAAUGCUCGACAUCUUGUCCGCAGACAUCUCACAUCCCUCCCCCAACGCUUUCGGCUUGCAUCCACCAUAACCACACCCGCAGAUGGCUCUGGCACAGAAGCAGAUAUGACGACUAGUGCACAGCGUGUUCUAGUUCUCGCAGAGGAGGGAUUGGAUAUGAUGGCUCAGGUUAGUGGCGUGGUCAAUGAUACACUCGUCAGCGCAGAAAGUUGGUGCGAAAAGUUGCGCCGGCCCAAGCCCUCAAGAAAUGAACCGACGUCUGCAUCUGAUCAAGCUCCGAUGGCGUUAGAUAGCAAAACACCCGUUCCUGGGUCUUCGCCACCGAAGGACGUUGAAAUGACCGGUGUGACGGAGAAGUGUUGA